AUGGAUUCCGAUGAAAUUUUAUCAGCACUUGAAACCGAAUUUGAAGAUUCUGGAAGUGAUUUUAUUCCUAGUGAUUUAUCUGAUUCUUCUGAUGAAUCAAUAGAAGAUGUUAUUGAAAAUAGUCAAUUUGACUUUGAAGAUGAUAUUGAAGAAAAUUCAAAUAACGAACAGACUACGGAAAUGCAAACUGAUCACUGGUUUUAUGUUUCAAAUGUACAUCAACCAACAUUCCCAUACAUUGGUAACGAUCGAAAUAUUUGUAAUCUUGGUCCAGACAGUAAGCCGAUCGAUUUUUUUUAUCUAUUUUUAAAUAAUGAUGUUAUAGAAAUGAUUGUGCGAGAAACAAAUAGACAAGCCAAAAAAUAUAAAAGAGAUUGGGUGGCUACUGACCAUUUAGAGAUAAAGAAAAUGUUGACCAUAGUCAUGUAUACAGGACUAGUCACUUAUCCAAAAUUAAGUGAUUACUGGUGUCGAAAAUUGCUAUAUAAAAACUCUUACAUUCCUUUACUGAUGCCUCGAAAUCGUUUUCAACUUUUGUUGCGAUUCUUUCAUUUAGCUAAUAAUGAUGACAUUUUGGAUCAUGAUCGAUUAGGCAAAAUUAGACCUUUAGUAGAUAUGUUGAUGAAAACGUACAGUGAUUCUAAGAUUCCUGGUGAGAAUGUAGUUAUAGACGAAUCCAUGAUACCUUUUCGAGGCAGGUUGAUUUUCAGACAGUACUUACCUAAUAAAUCAUCAAAGUAUGGAAUAAAAUUAUACAAAUUAUGUGACUCUAUAGGGUAUACAUAUAAAAUAAUUGUAUAUAGUGGAAAAGAUUCUAAUUUAUCUCUUCAGACAAACUUUCCUGCUGCAGGAAAAGUUGUUAUGGAAUUAAUGGAUGGAUAUUUAAAUGAAGGCAGGACUUUAAUAGUUGAUAAUUUUUAUACUAGCUUAAAAUUGGCACAUACAUUACUCCAAAACAAUACCCAUAUGGUAGGUACACUACGAAAAAAUGCCAGAGAAUUGCCAAAAGACGUGAUGAAUGCAAAAAUUAAAAAGGGAGAAAUAAAAGGAAAAGUAAAUAGCAAAGGUGUUGUAGCAAGUGUCUGGAAGGAUAAAAGAGAAGUAAGGAUGAUUUCUACUAAACAUGGUAUUAAUAUAUUGGAAACAGGGAAAAAAAAUAGGAAAGGUGAACCCAUAAAAAAACCAGAAAGUAUAAUAUUUUAUAACAAACAUAAACAAGGCAUCGACGUCUCCGAUCAAAUGACCAGCUACUUUUCUCCUUUCAGAAAAACUAUUCGGUGGUACCACAAAGUAGCAUUUCAUUUGUUAUUAGGAACAUCAGUAAUUAAUGCAAUGAUACUACACAAACAAAUUACAGGUAAAAAAAAACAAAUUUCUGAAUUUAGAGAGGAAAUUAUUAUGGCUUUAGGAAAAGUUGAUGAUCAAAUUAUUUCUCCGAGGUCUAAUAAACAUAAGUUGGUUGAAAAUAAUCAGUAUAGGAAUAAUAGUAAUAAGAAAAAAAGGAGUAGAUGUGUUGGUUGCUAUGAACGAUUAAGAAAAGAGUUAGGAAGAAAUGAGGCACAAAAAAAAUGUAAACAAGCCAUGGCAGCCGACAGCCGUGAUCUGUAG